AUGUCUGAACAAAUCAAUAAAGUUAAACAAUUGAUUAGAUCCAAACAAUCAUUUAAUUCAAAAACUAUUCAUCAUAUUAAUCAAUAUUCAUUAGUUAAUCAAAUCACUGGGUUUAUUUUAUCAAUUGGUGUUUUCAAUUCUAUUUAUACCAGUUUUAUCUUGCCAUUGUAUGAUUUUGUCAACAACAAUAUCUUUUCAAUUACUCCAAUUUAUAACAUUUUAUCUUAUGUUGAUAACUUGUAUUAUCAAAUUUUGAUUUUAUUUGAUAAAUAUUUUUUGGAAAUUCCAUUGGAAACUUUGAACUCAAUUGGUAAAACUUAUAUUAAUCCAAUUGACGAUAAAUUGAUUGAAUUGAAUAAUAAAUAUUUAAAACCAAUUGAAACCAAAUCUUCAAAAGAAUUUUAUAAUAUUGUUUACACUAUUCAAGAAGUUUUAAUCAAUUUGAAAAUUUUCACUUUUGGAUAA